AUGCCGCUUAACUACUCCAAGUGGGAUCAGCUCGAGCUCUCUGACGAUUCCGAUAUCGAAGGCCACCCGAACGUUGACAAGCGUUCUCUCAUCAGAUGGAAGCAACGCGACAUUCAUGAGAAGCGCGAAACUCGCAAACUCAAGAUAACAGCCCUCCGUGCAGAGAUCGCAUGCAAUGGCGUCCUUUCCCCCCGUCUUCACAGUGCCCGCGCUACAUUGGGCAGCGCAGACGGCGGGUUGAAGUUCUUCCAACAGUUGGUAGAGAAAUUGCAAACACAGCCAUCUCCAGAGGCGCCGCCGACGAAUGCCAAAGAUCAACCGACCUACGACGCAAUGAUGUUGUCUUUGCUUCUGCAGGUUUGGGAUGGCGCCAAGAGCCUUCCUGCAGAUGAGCAGGAGGCUGCCGUAAUCAGUGGUCUCGAUAAGCACAUCAAACAACUUGCAGAUCACACAAAGAAUCUGGAGAAGGAUCUUGUUGAGGAGGAGAAUGAACAAAGGAAGCACAUCACAAGUGAAGAUAUCCACGAAGGAUUCGAGAGCAAGUAUACUCCCGCGAAACCUCCACCUCCACCCGUAAAGAAUGCUAAAAUCGACGCGCCAACAAAGACUACGACAGCCAAAACCACUGAGUUCGAGGUGCUCAACCCUGCUGCCUCGAGUUCUAAAGCACCACCUCCAUCGGCUCCGAAGUCUUCUCCACACACCGAGGAGGAAGAUGAAACUGAGGAGGAGCUACCAGAACUCACACCUUCUCUUGAACGAUUCUCCCGUUUAUCGUUAUGGGAUUACGAAAAAUCUUUCACCUUUAUCCAAGCAAAUCGCGACGUCGUUGUUCCCGGUGCAUCCGACGCUUUACUCGUUGCGGCUUUCCGUGCAGAGUCAAAGAGCCGGUUCGAAUACGCAAAGCAAUGCGUGCAUCAAAGCUUACUUCUGCAAUACUGCGAGAAGCUAGGCAAAGAUGGCGUCCGGCUAUUUUUCCAGAAGAUGAUCACAGGCGACCAGCGCGCUGUCUCUGUCUUCGUCAAGGACGUCGAAGGCACAUAUUCUCACCUCAAGACGCGUGCAAAAGCAGCAGCAACGGAGACUUCUGAUACGCAGAAGGAGCAGAUACAACUUGUGCCCGAGAACCCAUCUGCAUCCAUUUCGUUCAACGUGCCUGAUGGUCCUCCGCCUGAGGACUUGCGACUCGAGGGUCCAGGGACGGAGGACCUGGAAGUCGAACAAGUUCGCGAAGCAUUGCAGAUGCGGUGGGAUGUUUUCGAGAGCUUCCCCGAUGACCUCAAGGCGGCGCUCAAGGUUGGGACUCUGGAGGAGGUCAACAAAGUGCUGGGUAGUAUGGACGUUACUGUUGCGGAAGACGUAGUGGAAAAGCUUGAUAUGGCUGGUAUUAUGAGCUUCGUGUCCGGAGGUGUUCGGGACGAGACUGGGGAUGCAGACGAGGAAGAAAACGAAGAGAAUGCUGAGUAA